AUGGCUAUUGAAUCGGCCGCUCGAGCAUCGUCCACGGCGACUAGCGCUUCGUCGCUCUCGUUUACACUUUCUUCUACACAUUAUGCGACACCCUCCACUUCGACCUCCACCUCGACAGGGACCUCGAUAGAUGCAUCGACUACCACCCCCGCAGCGUUAGCGAUACCACCUAUCGACCCAACGAAGUUCGGUCCGCGUACAGGCGUGCUUACUUUUACCCGCCCCUCCUCCUCCUCCUCCUCUUCCUCUCCCAAGGCCGACACCGAAUCUAUCACAAUCGAAACACCCGGCCUGCUAACCACGACCUCUCGAGGCGUCGUACCGCACAUCGCUUGGGACACGUAUGAGCGGCAUGCGGAGAUGGGUCCGUUGAAGUGGGUUAACGUACCUUGGGAGAGUUUCCUCGAACAUAACCCACCAGUUCCAACCCUCUUCGCCUCCUCUGCUUCGGCCACGAAGGACACUAAUGAGACAAAGAAACCGUUCCACCAAUUCCUCGGCUUCAAACCGCGCAACCACAUCCUCUCACUCUCAGCGCGGGAUGCGGACGAUACGAAGGAGAUGCCGCCGAACGGGAAUGAUGUGGUGUCUGUUUCGACGUUGCGGGGUGUUCGAAAGCUAACACCCACAUCCUACCUCGCGCACAUCCACGCCCUAAACCCAGACCUCAUCUUCGCACUCCACGACACACCCUUCACCAACCCUCCCUACUCCCAAAAACGGCUGACGAAGAGUAUCGAGAGGAGUGGUGCGUGGAUUGGGACGUUGCUUGGGCUUGCGCCUCCCUCUUCGGGCUCGGGCUCUGCGUCGGAUCCUGCGAGGGGGAAGAAGAAGAAGGGGACGAAGCAGGAGAAGGAGACGAAGGGGACAGAGGGAGAGAAAGCGAUCGAAACGAAACUAGGCCCCGUGCAAGCACCCAUCAUCGCCCCGCUCAUCGGCUCAACCUCGCUCCCCGCCCGCGCAUACUACGCCAAAACGCUCCUCGAACCCUUCUCUGCGCUGGAGUACAACAAUAUCUACGGUGUUGAUCCUGAUGGGCAUAAUAAGAGUCGAGAGGGAGGGAAGAGGAUAGGGUGUUUGGAUGAUGGAGUUGCGGGGUAUAGUUUUGAGUUGAGGUCGCUUGAGAAGGAUCUUGCUGCGUCCUCGCCCGUCUCCACCUCCACCUCUUCUUCUCAGCCUUCGUCUACCCCUCACCCAUCCUCCGCGCCUUCUACAACAUCCCCUCCCCCUCCACACCCCUACACCCCGCACCUCCAAACCUCCCUCUCCCCCCUCCCGCACCACAAACCGCGCAUAACAUUCGGCAUCCGCUCGCCACACGAGAUCCUCCUACUCGUGCGGGACGUGGGCGUGGAUAUUUUGGAUGCGGGGUGGGCGGUUGAAGCUGGGAGUGUGGGUGUUGGGUUUGAUUUUGUUUUUCCUGUGGGGGAUUUGGGGGGUGUGGUGGAGAGCGAUGCAGGGUUGAGAGAUAUCGGCCAUAACCUAUACUCCACAAAGUACACGAUGGAUUUCAGUCCGAUCGCUGAUACCUUCCGUGGGCCCGUGCCGCAAAACGACGUCGGGAGUACUGGUGCUGCUGAUACUGCUAAGUCCAUCUGCCCAUGCUACGCAUGUUCGCCCCGCUCGUUUGAUGGAGAUGCGGAGUUGAUUAGGCAUGGUGUUGAUUCUGAUGGGUGGAUUUGUGGGGAGGGUACGACCACGACGUCUGCUCCAGGUGCACCCGCCGCGUCGACCUCCUCGACCUCGACCGCCACGAACGCCGCCGCAUCGACCUCAACCACCACGAACACGACCUCUUCGAACACUACGGUUGCAAGCCAGCCCGGGAACAACGCACCACCAAGCACGCCGCGCUACAACCCACCCCACACCCGCGCGUACAUCCACCACCUGCUGCACACGCACGAGAUGUCGGCUCACGCGUUGUUGGUGUCGCAUAAUUUGGCGGUUGUGGAAGCGUUUUUGAGGGGUAUCCGGGGGGGUUUGUUGAACCCUUCCCCGUCUACUUCGGCUGCUUCCUCCGGCUUGGCGUCGUCGACCUCUGCAACCUCGACCUCGACCUCCACGUCUUCUGGUUCGAACAACGGCACCUUCUCCUCCUCCGCAGCUUCGGACAGCACGACAGCCCCAACUACGACCAGCACCACAGACUCGACUAUGACCAGCACUGAAGAAACUCGAGCGAGAUUCGAGAGGGAACUCGAAAAGUUCUUCCGGACGUACAAACCGCCGGCCUCACUUCUCGAGGAGGCGAAGGAGCAGUUUAGGGAGGUUGAUUUGGCGAGGGGGAAGGGGAGGUUGGGGAGGGAGAGGGAGAAGGAGUUGGGGGAGAGUGUUGGUGUUGUUGAGGAGGCGUAA